AACAACUAUUCGAUUUAACGACCUUGAAAACGGGUCGAGUCAAACGCAGAAUUCAUUUCCAGCUUGCCUUCGGGGCCCCACAACCGGCCAAGUGCAGCUUAGAUGGAGAGCUCUGAAGAUCUAUGUAACAACUUGGGAGAUGGUGAUUGCAGAGUGAAUAUCAGCACCGCUAGCGGCGUUCCGUCGACGUCAACGGCGCCUGGGGCGAGCUCUUCUCUCGCAAUCGGCCGGCAACCCCCAUAUCAGCUCAUGGCCGGUCGUGAUGCAGAAGUAGCUACGUGGAGGCAGUUGCGUACCUUGUUUGGCAUGAUCAUUGUUGCUACUGUUGCUUGGGCGUUGUUUGAACACUCAGGGUUACCAUUCUUAUCAGUCUGUUCUGAUGUCUUUCUCAUCUUGACCAUACUCCUCUUCCUCCGGGCAAAUUUUGCUGCUUUUAGAAAAAAACAACUCCAAACAUUGCCUGAAUUAGUGUUGACAGAGGAAAUGGUCAACAACGCUGCUGCUUCUUUUCGUGCCAAAAUCAACUAUAUGUUGCUUAUGGCUCACGAUAUCACUCUGGGGAAAGAUUUCAUACUCUUUUUCAAGGUAGUGAUCUUUCUCUGGCUUCUGUCUGCCGUAGGCACUAUGGUAUCAUUCUUCACAAUUGCAUAUAUAGGAAGCAUCAUAUUCAUCGUCUUCCCUGCUCUGUACAAUAGAUUUGAAGACCACAUAGACAGACACUUUUCUAGACAGUAUAAAGUCGUGGAUGAGAGUCUUAGCAGAUUGCCUCAGAAUAUAGCCAAGGACAAAGAUAUUUGAAUUUUGUGCUUAGAAGUUACUAUCUCUUAACUCAUUUCUUUGCCCAUGAUGAGUCCAAUAUGUACUUCCAAAAAAAAUGUACAGAACCAUGUAGGUUACCACUUAACUUUUUUGUAUUUCUUCGCAAAAAAAAAAAACAAAAAACAAAUUGUACUCCGUAUUUGAUUUUUAUAUACUUCUUUAGGGCUAAAGACAGUUGUGAAAAAUAGCGGCAUGCUUAUCAUAGACCUCUUAAGACACUGAUGCUGUUGAAGCAUAAUUGUUGAUCGUGGCCUUCGUGG